AUGGCGAUGGAGAUGAGGCUUCCAGUGGCCCGUAAGCCUCUUACUGAGAGCCUGAGCCGCGGUUCUAAGAAACACCUGGUGGUGCCGGGAGACACGAUCACUACGGACACCGGCUUCAUGAGGGGCCAUGGGACGUACAUGGGAGAAGAGAAGCUGAUCGCAUCUGUGGCUGGCUCUGUGGAGAGAGUAAACAAGUUGAUAUGUGUAAAAGCUUUGAAAACCAGAUACAAUGGUGAAGUAGGAGACAUUGUUGUGGGGAGAAUCACAGAGGUUCAGCAGAAGAGAUGGAAGGUGGAGACGAAUUCCCGGCUGGACUCAGUCUUGCUUCUCUCAUCCAUGAAUUUGCCUGGAGGAGAGUUGAGGAGAAGGUCUGCAGAAGAUGAGCUUGCCAUGAGAGGGUUCUUGCAAGAAGGGGACCUUAUCAGUGCUGAGGUCCAAGCAGUGUUCUCUGAUGGAGCUGUCUCUCUGCACACAAGGAGCCUGAAAUAUGGAAAACUAGGUCAGGGGGUUUUGGUCCAGGUUUCGCCCUCCCUGGUAAAACGGCAGAAGACUCACUUCCAUGACUUGCCAUGUGGUGCCUCGGUGAUUCUGGGUAACAACGGCUUCAUCUGGAUCUACCCGACACCAGAGCACAAAGACGAGGAUGCCGGGGGCUUCAUCGCCAACCUGGAACCUGUCUCUCUUGCUGACCGAGAGGUGAUAUCCCGGCUUCGGAACUGCAUCGUCUUGCUGGUGACUCAGAGGAUGAUGCUGUAUGAUACCAGCAUCCUGUACUGCUAUGAGGCCUCCCUUCCCCAUCAGAUCAAAGACAUCUUAAAACCAGAAAUAAUGGAGGAGAUUGUGCUGGAAACUCGCCAGAGGCUUUUGGAACAGGAGGGCUGAGGAGAGGCUCCUGAAGAUGGGACUGUGUAUCUCACUGGAGCUGUUUUUGGAAGUGGCCAAGAGUCAGUGGUCGAGGAGGAUCUGACAAACUCAUUACCCAUCUGUAUCACUGCCACAAGGCUGCCUCCAGCCCACAGGCCUGCGCUCUCUUGUUCUAAGACAUCCUGGGUGGAAGUGAACGGUGCUUCUGGCUCCUUGGGUCCUGGCCAAGUUCCCGCACAAGGGGAUGGUUUCUGGUCUUUUGGAGCACCCAGUUUCCCAGUCAAAUGACCUCCCAUACUGGAAUAAUAUGGAGAAUUCUUUGUCUUCCACUCACCAUCCUCACAGAGUCACAAGGGCCAUGAAAUAGCCCCAUAGAAAACAUGGCAUCCCUGACUCCCAAAUGGUCUGUUUUGGCUUCUACUCCAUCUCCUUUAAACUGCAAGUGUGUUAUUGAAGAAUGCAGUUGGUAAAAUUAGCCCAGAAGUCAAAUAGAAGAAUAAAGUGGCCUUUUGCUUGGUUGGAAUCUCAUUUCCCAUUGCAUGUUCCUUGCAAUGGUAGGUUGGAAGAAUCCAUACCGGGCUGCUUUACUUUGUCCCGCCUGUGAGGUCGGUUUGUAAGAAGCUGAGAGUGAGUGUUCUGGAGCCACUGUAUGUUUGGGUGUUCUAGUAAACGUGGAGAAAACCCUAAGGAAAAUGGAGAUGGGAAAAGCAAAGCCAUUUUCUUCCUGUAAUUGAAGUAGUGAUGCGUUAACUUGUGAAUAUUCUAGGGCUAAAAGAUAAAAAUAAGAUAGUAAACUUCUGAGGAAUGUUAGCAUUCCUGUGCCUGUUUUUCUGAUGACUAUUUAAAAAUGGUACUUGGCUCAGGUGUUGGGAGCAUUUUUUAAAGGCACCAUGUAUGCAGCUACUGUCGUAUUUCCCAUCUGUGAAGUACUGAGGAAUGCUUUGGUACUCUAGACUGUCUUCAUGUUCGUUUGUGCUCCUGGGUUCUGGGUAAUGAGUGGCUGAAUACAGUUGGAGGAGGGCUCAGUAGCAUAGCUGCCUUCAGGACAAACCUAGGACGGCUUCAGUGGUAGUAACUUUGCAUUCUACAGUUUUGAAAUACAGUUGGGGUCAUUUUCAUCACGUAGUAUGUUUCUUUGUAACAUUAGUUGAUAGACCACUUUUUAAUCUCAUUUUUGUUUUAGCCAUUCACCUGUUUUGAGGAAUUUGCAGUCAGUUGAAUAUUCCAUAGGCAAUGUUUGCAACUUUAGGUCGGCUCACCUGUCAUGUUUUUGAGAAGUUUCAGGCUGUAUACUCUUUUUGUUGUUAUUUUUGGUGGCACUGGGGUUUGAAUUUGGCCUCACACUUGCAAAGCAGGUGUUCUUACCACUUGAGCCACUCCACCAGCAUCAGGCUGUGUACCUCUUGAAAGAAGAAAUGAAUGGAAUGAGGAGUGGGAUUCAUCCUCGCCAGGUUUCUCCCAAGCUGCAGUCCAAACUCUUUUAUUCAGUAUCUGCUGAAUAAAGAAUCUGCCAUACAAAGAUCAGAGUGCCUGCUUUCUGUGGCCCACUAGAGGGCGCCCUUGUUAAGUAAUUCCAGCAGGCUGAGAAAUGAGAUAAGAUGAAAUUCUUACACUGUCACGGAGCCUUGCUUUAUAAAAGUGAGAACAAGCUGAACCACUUUUAAUAAAGUUUAUAUGAGCUUUAGGAGGUUUCUUUCAACAUUGGGUAACAUUUCUAUCAGUCAUUUGCUGGGUUCUAGAUUGUAGUUUUAAAAGUAUCAUUCUACAGUGUUACACAAGGAUUUAAAAGCUACAGUGGGUCUCUAGAAAAAAAGUCUGGCCUUGGAACUCACUUAAAAGUAGAAAAUGAGAUUAGAGACAA